UUGCGAGUUGCGAGUUGCGAUUGAUCGGAAUUUCAGCACAGGCCGAGAAAAGCGGGAUUGGGAGCACAGAAAGAGAGAGAGAGAGAGAGAAAAGAAAGAAAGAAAGAUGUGCUGCUGCGGAGGUACUUUGUGUAGGAUAUUCACGUGCUUGAUAGUAUUGGCAGUGUUGAUAGGGCUCCUAUUUGGGUUCGGAGUGUUCAAGCAUGGGUUCGAUAAGUUGAAGUCUGGCAUCCACUACAGCGAUCCAGUUGGGGGCAUCAUCGGCAAUGCAACAACCUCUUAUUCCUUAUCGGGAAGGCCGUUGUUCUUGGACUAUGGGGCACCUGUUCCGCUCUGAAUUUCGAAAAUGGGUACUUUUUAAUUACUUGACUAC